AUGGCAUUCUGCAUCCUCUUCCUAGUGCUCAUUCACUUUGCUCGCCGCCGCCGCCGCCGCCGAAGCAGCAGCAGUAGCGCCACCGCCCGGGUGUGGCAGCCCUUUAAGAAGAUGCGCCGCCAUCCCUACUGGACGUACCAGAGGCUGCGGGAUCACCUGGACGAGCAAUACGGUGGCCGCAUCCUUUGGUCUCGCCGUUGCGCAUAG